CACAACUUUCGCAAAUAUUGUCUUAAACCCUACAACACGUUUGUCCUGGCAGGCGAUACAUGUAGUUACGAUAGCUGGGAUUACCGGUGGAUCUGGACCAACUUUGGACAACUCUUAAACUGGAAGACCUUGGAAUGUAUGGCGGAUGACUACUAUGUGCCUGAUGAUAACAAAUAUUUUGUGACGAUGACGAAAUGUGACAGAAAUAGUCAGAGACAAUUAUGGGAAUGUGUGCAUGAGAGGAUCAAGCAGACAUUGUCACGCAGAUACUUGUACUACGGAGAACAUUACAGAUAUGUGACAACAAAAAAUAAAUAUUGGUUUUCUGCACCAAAAUGGACGCGCUUUGGUUCCAAAAAAGAU